AUGUCCGACGUCCAAGAAGGGCAAGUUCACGUUUGCGAAUUGCUAAGGUCAUUGAACGAUUGGGGAAAAAUCGCCAAUUGGUGGGAAUGCAAGCAAUGGUCCCAAUGGUUAAAUAUCGAUAGACGCACACCAAAAUGUAUGCAAUACAUGGACAAUACGUCGGCAGUAAAUGCUGAAAGAAAAAAAUACAUUCGUCUUAAAUAUCGUUGGAUCAUACAUCCAUUUAGUUAUGCCAAAUUUUUAUGGGAAACUUUAAUGAUAGUCAUUUAUGGAAUAGCCUUUUUUACAAUACCUUUUAUGAUAUCAUUUGUUAUUAUGGACUAUGAGGUACUACGUUUGGACAAAGUUAAUAUAUUUAUUUAUACAAUAUGCUGGUUGGACAUAAUUGUCACUUGCAUCACCGGUUAUUAUGAUAAGAAAAAUAUGCGCGUAGAAUUGAGACCAUUGAAAAUAAUCAAAAAAUAUUCAAAGGGAUAUCUUCUGGUGGAUAUACUUUCUUCCUUGCCGUACGAUCAUAUCACUUUAUCCUGGCGAAAAUUGCCAGGGAAUGAUUCUUUUCACGCGAUCACGUUGAUAAAUAUCUUACCUUUGUUAAAACUGACACGCUAUCCAACCCUAAAUGAUUAUAUUUAUCAAUAUUUCCUGAUGGAACACUCUUAUUACCAAUUGAUAUCUACACUUAUGUUAGGAUUUUACUUGAUUAUAUGGUUCUCCUGCCUGUGUUAUCUCUUGCCGGUAUUGACGUUACAUUUUUACAACAUUCCAUUAACGGAAUGUGAUGACUGUUGGAUGAUAGGGAUAGAAAAAGAAAGUUUGGUUGUUAGAUUUCAGCAUGCUCUUUUUAUAGUAUUGGAAAAUCUUUUAGCGAGCGGCUACGGUGUCUUCCCUCCGAAAGCCGAUAUUCACGUCAUAUUAAAUACCGUACUGAUGAUAUUGGGCAGAUUCGUCGAGUGUUACAUCAUAAUUAUGUUUCUACACAUAAAGGAAAACAGCAAAGCAGCGGAAAAUAAGUAUAAUGAAGUAAUUAAUCAGAUAGGAGCAUACGCGAGACAAAAACAAUUGUCGUUGCAAAUGAAAAAUCGGAUUUUGGAGUACUACGAUCAUCGCUUUAAGAAUAGUUUUUUUCGUGAAAAAAAUAUUCUAAACAAUCUUUCAGAACGAUUACGAGAUGAAAUUGCUAUGCAUUCUUGUCGACGAUUGGUCGAAAAUGUGAAACUCUUUAAAAAUAUACCUCAGGACGUUUUAAAGUCUAUCGUUAAAAGUUUGAAAUUUGAGUUGUACUUGCAAAAUGACAUUAUUAUAAGGGCCGGCACACUGGGGAAUUGUAUGUUUUUUUUGUCCGCUGGAACUAUCGCCAUUUUGACGGCAACUGGACAAGAGAUAUGCCGUCUGAAUGAUGGCGCUCAUUUUGGAGAAAUAGCACUUUUAGCGCCUGAUCAGAAACGAGUCGCGUCUGUGAUUGCUGUAGAAGUUUGCGAAGUUUAUCGUCUUGAUAGAAAGGACUUUCGAAAAUGCAUUGCCGUUUACUCUGAAUUAUUUUCCAUGAUCGAACGUAUAGCUAUUGAAAGAAUAGAGAGGACUAUGGUAACAGAGGAACAUCAUAAAAGAUUUAUAAUGCAUUCAAACCUUAUGCACGAUGCCGCAAAAAAGAAGGCAAGAAAAAAAUCGAAGAAACAAUGAAUUAUCAGUCUGUCAAUACAAUACUCUUUUAUAUUGUAUCAACAGAUAUACAAUAAUAAAAUAAAGUUAAAGCUUCUUUCAAUUGCGCGGCAGUGUUUGCCUUCGUUUUUUCUCGUUCGAAAAAUAAGAAAGAAGAUUAUUCGUAUUUUCGUAAAACUAAUGUAUGUGUAUUUAAGGAUAUUAAAAACUAUUAUCAUUAUCAUUAUUAUUAUUAUUAUUAUUAUCAUCAUCAUUAUCAUUAUCAUUAUUAUUAUUAUUAUUA